GACCACAGCUCGGGUCUUGUGUCGAUCGUCGAUCGAAACGAUUAAUUGUAAAAGAAGAUGCGUCUCCAUCAGUCUGGCGCACACAGGAUCGCGCUGAUUUUGGCGAUAUUGACGGUAACAUGUGAAAUCUCAUGGGCCAGUAAGCAGUGCAAGUCGGUCGUGAUGGACGUGCAAGUGAAGAAGUGUAGACUCGGUGCUGAGAGAGCCAAGAGAGGUCUGGAGAGGUUUGAUAUGCAGAAGUAUGAUGAGAAGUACGAAGCGAAGAGACAGGAAGGGCCCGACUAUUCAAAGAUGAAAGAUUCAGCAACGCAUGGCGUUCCACAGAAAAGGCAGCUAUCGGCCGGACAAAUCAGCGGUAUCACCUUGCCGAUUGUCGCGGAAGCUAUAAACGGCGCUGCCCGAGCCCGGGUGUACGCCACGUCCGGGACAGAAUACUCAGACCCUAGGCCGAGUUUAUUAGGAUCUACUCUCGGUUGGCCGAGAGAACAUUAUUUCGCGCCUCCUUAUCCGCUCGGCAGGGGUGUCGUACCCGUCCGCGCUCCGGCCUUAAACGACGGUCUCGAUUUAAACGACGAAGAACUGGACGAACUGUACAAUGAUAUCUACGAAAGGCUACCGAGAGCUCCGAAAGACGAAGCUUGGAAAGUUUUCUUAGAAACAGCAUCAAAGUGCUGUCAAAAUGUUGACCGAUGCCUUAAGGAAACGAUGUACGUACCUUGCCUAGAAAGUCAGAUGUUUUAACGCGUUGACUGCCACGAUGGUCAUCCGUAACCGGCAUCUGACGCAUCUUUAAAUGGCGUCCUGGUGAUCACUGAUGACCGGCGCUAUCAAAAUUUUUUAAAACGUUUGUAAAAAAAUAAAUACCAUACCAGUAAUAUAAAAUUUUAGAUGACAUAAGUAGCUAGCUGAUAACAAUGUAAAGUAAAAAAAUCCGUAAUUCAACAUACUACUCUUCCCUAUGAAGAUAGUCUUAUUUAAUCAUAUUACAUAAUAUUUUAUCAUUAUACAGAGUAGAUCAAAAUAUAUACAACCUGUGAAAUGGAUGACUCAAAAUAAAUCAAAAUAAUAGAAUAAUUUUUUUUCGAAUAAGGCCUCGCUUUCGAGGAAAAGAACUUUAUGGCAUAUACGGUAAGAGAUACUUGCUGCGUAGACAAACGUGUUAAGAAUUAAAAAUUGCGAUUAUAAAAUUAGUGCCUCUUAAAAGAGUAUAUUAAUUAUACAAAUACAAAUUAUAAAUACAA